GGGAGUCGCGUGAAAGUAUCGGCUGGAGCUAGCGAAACGAUAGCAGCAGUCGGUACCAGCAGGUUAGUGCACCGUGGCGUAUCCAAGAGUUUAGUUCGUUGUGUCUUUGAUAAAGUGGAGCGCGAUUCUGUCGACAGUGCUGCAUCCUCUGUGAAGUGAGAGAGAGUUGAACAAUCGGUGGCGUUCCGCGCGACCAACCGUGUGAAAGUCUUACUUCUUGCACAAGAGUCCCGGGAUGUAAACAGGAGAUGAUGAACCCGGAAGUUCUGCAGGUGGUCCACGAGAAGGACCCCUGGAUCGAGGAGUCUAAAUGGGACACGAUAGAGGAGGAGGUGACGGAGAUCGUAGAUAAGAAGAGUAGAAGGAAGUCGUGGCACGCGAUCAAAUUCGAAAGAAAAAGGCGGAAGGGAGUCGUGGAGCCGGGAUCGCCACCCGAAGCGAGGCAGAAGAGGCCUUCCUGGUGGAAUAUCUUCGGGGGACAACAGUGGCCAAGGUCGCGUAGGGCUUCGCAGGACGGAGGAAGAGUUGCCAAAGAAAAUGUGCCAUGGAUGCGGAGCAAGAGUCGGAGUGUGGACCACGGGAUUUCGUCUCCCUUCGACCUCGACGCCCUCAGAGCCAAGGUGGACAGCCAACUGGACAAGAACCUCGACAGAGAUUUAGACGGGUCCAGUAACAGUUUGGCUGAGAGGAAAAAGACUGGACCGCCGGAAAAUACCACCACUUAUACGGUUGCCGACAGAGACACACUAACGUCAGUGGCGGCACGUUUUGAUACAACACCCUCAGAAUUGACCAAACUAAAUAGAUUAGCGACACCUUAUAUAUUCCCUGGCCAACAACUAUACGUACCAAUAAGAGAAACUGCGGGAAAUGAAUCGGAAGGAUCGACACCUGUAGAAGACUCACAUGAUGAUUUGCCCCCGGAAGAGAAAGAACUGCUUGACAACCUGAGGCCGGUCAGCCCCAAGCCAGGUCAUGUGGAACGCGUGCGAACACCAUCAUGCAACCAGAGUUCCACCGACCUGGAAGAGGAGUCUGCGGUAUUCCGCGAACGCUUUCUCAAAAUCAACGUACGACAUAUCACUGACGGUCAAGGGGUUGUAAGUGGGGUCCUUCUGGUAACUCCCAAUGCUGUCAUGUUCGAUCCCAAUGUCUCCGACCCGCUGGUCAUCGAACACGGGCCCGAGGCGUACGGGGUUAUCGCCCCGAUGGAGUUUGUCGUCAAUGCGGCCAUCUACAACGACAUCGCCCACAUGCGAGUCGGUCACAGCGUCGAGACCAGCACGACGGCUGAAAAACCCGAAAUCUACUAUCCUAAAACAGAAAGUCGAACCGAACAGGACUCGAUGAUGGUCAAGGACGAAACUUUCCCGGAAUUAGUUACCGCCGAUGAUGCUGAAUCUGUGUGUUCGUGUACAGAACGUGAGGGCGACGCUUUUCCCAAAGCCUUUGAACGGGAAUUGGUCACGCCAACGAAUCUCGAGGAAAAUGAACACAGGUCGGCAGAGGAAAGGAGGAAAAGUCUCUUGGACCAUCACUGGGCUAUACCAUCGAGAGAUCGACAGUCGAUAGACACAGACGAAAUCCCGGCCAUAUCAUCGUCGAUGAUUCAAGAGGAUCAGAUCGACGAAGAGGAGAAUUUAGUCAAGGAGAGUUGUCACGAUUCAGGGAUUGAUAUCAGGGAAACUAACAUCCCGCCCGUAGCUCCACAUCCGAAAAAACAAUACAGUGAUGCUGAUAUAGUUCUUUCAAAGGAGUGGGUACCUCCAAUCACGAUCGCACCCACGAAUGUUAGCGACACGGAAAGUCCCGCAAGGAAAAAGACCAACUCUGUUUCGUUUAGUUUGGACUCGAGUUCGGAAGUUGAGAGUGGACUCCCUUUAUCAACGAGUUGCUCUGAGUCGAGGGAAGAAACCGAAAAGGCUGAUACUAGGAAAAAUAAGAUGUUAAAAAGACUGUCAUAUCCCCUAUCAUGGAUGGAGACCUUAGCCGGCGACAAAGAGGAGGAGAAAGCCCCGAACCACCCUCACUCUGCCGACGUGCAUCACUCGUCAGUGUUCUCGAAAGUGUUUUCAAGUUCGCCCAUCAAUCUGGUGGACUUCGGCACGGGUCUUUUCCUGAACAAGACGCCGUCUGAGGAGAGCGGAGGCUCUGGCGGGCCCCAUUCUGCCGGCAGCGGAGGUCCUCCUCUCAGCGAUUCGCCCCGUACCGACAGUUCGAGUUUCUUUCCCACGAAUAUAAUAAGUUCGGUGGGAGCUUCUGUCGGUGCUGUGGGGGCAUCGGUGGGAGCUAUGGGGGCCUCCGUUGGAGCUACUGUUGGCGCGAUGGGUGCGCAAGUCGGGGCAUCCGUCGGUGUUGUGGGGGCUACAGUUGGGGCUGUUGGGCGGUCGUCGGUAGGUACCUUCAUAAGGCAACCGACGGAAAGCAGUACAAAGUCGAAGGCGCCGCCACCUAAAUUAGAUUAUAGGUCGAUGGUGUCUGUUGAUGAUAUGCCCGAAUUGUUUGUAUCGUUCGAUAUGCGCUCUCCCAAUUACGGGCUAGAUUCCAUUGAACUAAUCCCGCGACCGGCACGUUCUUGCGAAGAUCCACCACUGUAUCUGAGACUGCGAAUGGGCAAACCGUUGGACAAGCCUAUCCCGCGUUCGACGCCGUUGAUGUCUUACGGAAAGAAGAAAAUGCGACCGGAGUACUGGUUCAGUGUGCCAAGAAAUAGGGUUGACGAACUUUAUAAGUUCAUCCAAGCCUGGGUUCCGCACUUGUAUGGCGAAUUGAACGAGGAACAGGUGAAAGCGCGGAAUUUUGCUCUCGUGGAAAUGGACACGGAGUUGUGGAGCGAAGAACCGACACCUUCUGCAAGUCGGCACGGGAGCCAAGACGGGGAACUCACCGAAAUUACCAAAGAAAGCUGGGAGCUAAUCAAGGCUCCUUACGUUAAGAUCUACAGCAUCAUCAAGACCCAGACAAUGUCGGCUGACGGCAGUGACGAGGUGAUACCGAUGUCCGAGGAGUACCGUCGGGCGUUAUAUUCAUCGGCAGCGCCCUCUAUUGACGCCGAACUAACUCCACCGGACUUGAUCGGCACCACCGAGAUUUUGACUGAUUAUCACCGGGAAGCCCUGUGUCGGCAUUUGCCAGCGAGGGCCGAGGGGUACUCGUGGACGCUCGUGUUCAGUACUAGCCAACACGGCUUCAGCCUUAAUUCCAUGUACCGGAAAAUGUAUAAACUUGAAUCACCUGUUUUACUUGUUAUUGAAGAUACUGACAAUAAUGUAUUUGGUGCUUUAACAUCUUGCGCCCUGCAAGUAUCCGAGCACUUCUACGGAACCGGUGAAUCGUUGUUGUUUAGGUUCAGUCCCGAGUUCCAGGUGUACAAUUGGACGGGCGAGAAUUUGUAUUUCAUCAAGGGAAAUAACGAGAGUUUGAGUAUCGGCGCCGGUGAUGGCAAAUUCGGCUUGUGGUUGGAUGGGGAUUUGUACUUGGGGAGGUCCGAGCCUUGCCAGACCUACGGUAAUGAUCCUCUGACGCCCAAAGUAGAUUUCGUGGUGAAAACGCUCGAGUGCUGGGCCUUCGUCUCGAGUUAAACAAAUGGAAAUUUGGACUGAUGUAAUCAAUCGAUUCUAAGUUAGUUAAGGUUGAAACGGCAGAAACGACGAAUUUUUUGUUGGCUUUGAGAGGAGGAACGAUUCUUUUUCAUUAUGUAGACGAAGCUUUAGACGUAGUCACCACCACUACCGCACAACUGUUAUUAAAGCUUAAAAUAGUUAUAAACGGCUGCCGUUCACUUGUUGUAAUCAUUUAUAAUUUUAUUAUUAUUGUCUGUUACGCUUAAUUAGCUUGUUAUUUUUUUAUGUUAUUCUAGUGUUAGGUUUUGGUGGAUAACACGUCAUUAAUAAAUAGGCGUGUAUAUUUUGAAUUGUUGUAACAUUUAACCUUAUUAACCGUGUCAAGUUGCCCAUUUGAAUCACGUGUUGUCCACAGGUAGUCUCCUAGUCAUUUUGUACUUUGAUAGCGAGGGGGCAGAGUGAAUGGCGGUUCGAUUGUUGCGUAGUUAUAGUCAUUCAGUGUUGCUUUAGCUUACAACGAAUGACAAGCUCAUAGCGGUGUUCUCCUUGUAUUUUUUUUAUUUAUUAAGGAAGAUCUACGCAGCCGGGUACAGAUAUGAUUGUGUUGUAGCAAUUGCGAAAGUCACAUUGGCUGUAGUUUUCGUCUAUAUGUCAAUUAGGUGCGUAGAGAACACGCCAUAUCAGUUGUCAAUUUAAUGAUUUAAUGUUAGAGGCUGUUAUGCGGACUGCAGAUUCCUACGUCUUUGUUGAGUGUUGAACUAUUACUUGUUUUGUACCAAUCUGAUAAGAACGUUGGUCAUGCCUUGUUGAUAUGUUCAGCUUCUUAGCAUGAGGCGGCGGUCCGUACAUAUUUAACUAGAUUAGUUUGAUGUCUAAGUUGUGUACUAUAACAUUUAUCUAGAUGAUAUUUAUCUGUAAAAAUGCUGUAUAUAAAAUUAAUAUUAAAUAAAUAGAUUAUCAACGGUGA